GUUGAGGUCAUGAAUGCUAACCUGGGCAAACUCAAGCGCUUGUCGCAAGAGGACAAGACGGAAGCAGCUAUGCUGCGGUCACGCAUUGACGAGCAGGCACAGCUGAUCUGUAUCCUGAAGCAGCGGGCCGAUGAGUCCCUAGUCAAGGCCCAGACCUUGGAGCGUGUCAACAAGGAGCUGGAGAAGUUUCGGGAGCAUGCCCAGGAGAUGCUUGAGGAGGAGAUCAAGAAGUUCAACAUGGUGGAUCGAAGGUUUCAAGAGCUUGCAGAGAACCACGAGGAAAUGAUUAGGUUCAAGGAUGAGUACAAGAGACAAAAUGAGAUCCUAAGGACAGAGAAUCAACAGCUACGGGAAGACAACGCCAAUCUCUUCUCCGGAGCAAUAGAAGAGAGGGAUCAUAAGAUCAAAGAACAAAACAAGGAUCUAAAACUCCUCAAAGGACAAUGUAAAGACAUGGAGAGAAGAUGCAGUUUGCUUCAAAACGAAAUGGAUGAGAAAGAAAGACGGCACAAAGAGAUUGCAGAGAGGUUAGAAAAGGAGCUGAAAUCUGCCAGGAAUCAAAUCAAAGAUGUGUUAGAACAACUCAAGCAAGAGAGGGACAGUAAAAUAGUCACAGAAUCUAGCAAUAGUUUGAAGUUGGAAAAACUUAGCAGAGAGAGACAGGAGUUCUUAGAUCUCUCAAUGCAGAGAGGAAAGUUGAUCCAGGACAAACAGCGAGAGAUAAAGCAAAUGCAGAUUAAAGUGAAAGAAGCUGAGACAGCUCUUCUGAAAAUGGAGGAGAAAUUUGAAAGAGAAGCUGCACUGGUAUCCACUAAUUUACAAGUCAUUAGAUUAAAAGGAGAAAGAGAUGAUGCAGAGAGGAACCUAUCAGGUCUUAAAAUGGAGUACGCCGCCUACAAGAAGCAUACUGCUAGCCAAUUAGCCAAGGAGAAGACGCUCAACACAAAACUCAGGAAUCUUGUCUCCUGAUUAGCACUGAGGAUACAGUAGUUACCACCCCAGGUGGCUUUGAAGGUCAAGUCCACCCCAGAUAAAUGUUGAUUUGAAUCAUUAGAGAAAAAAUCAGACAAGCAUUAUGCUGAAAAUUUAAAAUCGGAUGUAAAAUAAGAAAGUUAUGACAUUUUAAAGUUUUGCUUACUUUCACAAAAUAGUGAUAUGCACAAUUUAGUCACAUGCAAAUGACAGAGGCUAUGAUGUCCCUCACUAUUUUUUGUUUUGUUUUUUAUCGUUCAGAUUAUACAAUAUUUCAAUUUUUACAGAUUUGACAAAAAGAACCAACUUGACUGAACCUUAAAAUGUUAAACAAUGGUAAUUCCACAUGUUCAGGGAGAAAUAAAACUUUGUUUCACAGGAAAAUGAGGAAAAAAUUAGAAUAUUUCAUAUAUAAUACUAAAGAUAUAGUGAGUGAGUGAUGUCAUCAGUCCCCGCAUUUGUAACCGACAGGGAUUUGCAUAUAACUGUUUCGUGAAAUUAGGCGAAACUUAAAAAUGUCAUAACUUUCUUAUUUUACAUCGGAUUUUGAUGAAAAUUUCAGUGGUAUGCUUGUUUGAUUUUUCUCUUUUUAUCGAAUCAACUUUUAGUUGGGUGGACUUGUCCUUUAAAAAGGCUUGUGCCAUUACAUCUGGUUAUCUCGUCUGGUCAGGCAAUCGCGUACCCAACCAUUUGAAAAAAGGGCCCCUCAAUUCACGAAACAUCGGAUCCAGUUUACCAGACCUUUUGUAUGUUUGGCUUUAAUCUUCACAAAACAUUGGGUAAAUUGAACCCGACCUUUUGGGAAUUUAGGGAGCCCUUUUUUCAAAUGGAGGGGUAAACCAGACCAGACGUUUCAGCAUUUUAAAGGGCCAUUUUUCUCGAAUGGUCGGGUUAACGUGAUUGCCCGACCGGUCGGGUUAACGUGAUUGCCCGACCGGACACGAUAAGCUGACAUGAUGACACAAGCCUCUUAAACAAUUCCAAAGUCCAAAGUAUCUGGCUUUUCUUUCAAUACAUGUUCUAACAAUGUAGUUGCACCAUACCAUGUGCAAUAUAAUGUUAUUAGUCUGCUUCAAAGAUGGUGGAUUUUUAUAUUGUUGGCUCACUAUAUUAAGACCCGAUUUCUGUCACCUGCACGUUAACACCUAGCCUCUUGACAAGGCUCCACGGACAUGAAUAUGUUUUUCACCAUUUCUCAGGAAUUUAAAAAGGGCUGACAAAGGAUGGGUACAUUCUUAUGAGGCAUGAAUAUUUACAUCUGAAUGGUACGCAUUUUAAAGCCCAAAUAAACAAUACCAACAACUGAUGUCCAGUGAGUCUUGUAUCUCGUCGACAGGAUGAAUACAUGAAUAUUCAUCAUUGUGUACUGGAGCACGAAUUUACGACUACUAACCAAUCAGAACGAUGGGAUAUUCUGCUCCAUGUAGUCCAUUGUUAUGCACGAGUAAACCAAACAAAAAGUAAGUUGCAAGAUUUUGCGGAUUAGAUUAAAUUUUCAUGACCUCCAAAUAUCUUAUGCCUUUGUAAAUAUUUUUUUGAAGUCUAUUUAUCCUUUGUAAAGAUUAUACAUAUUGUGUAGAUGAUAAUAACGACCAAGUUUUGAAUUGUGAUUUAUUAAUUCUUGCCAUUAAUUAAGAUCUUCCUACAUGUAAGUACAUGUAUUUUUUUAUAGAUUCAAUACCAGUGUGAUUUUGUUUUUUUAUAAAUAUUUACUGUUCAGCCCACCAAAACUAAUACCUAAAAUCAAACACCUACUGGUAUUGAGUUUAUGGUUAUCAUCUUGUUUGUAAAGAUAAUAGAAAUUGAGUAAUUAUUUGAUAUUGGCAUGCAUAUCUUAUUCUUGUUUAACACAAAUGGGACUUAAUGUAUGUAACACGCUCUAUGUUACUCUCUGUCAUAUAAACUACAGGAGCUUUCAGUCUGAUCUCCAUGAAAUAAGGUGCUUUUAUAUUCCAUCCAAUUUUCUGUAGCCUUAAAAUAUAUUCCAUUUUCGCUGCCUUGAUUAGUAUUUUGUUCUUUACCAUCAUUGUGAUUUGCAGAGGAAUAACAAGUUUUGCUAACUCUCAUGUUUAAUGAGAGUACUUCAUCAGAAUUUAUUCAGCCUUGACAUUUAGAAUCUUUAGAUACAUUCAAUGACAUACAUUUCAUUCAUAGAGAAUGAAUGCAUAUGUUACUUAGUAUUCAUGAUAAAAAUGAAAUACCUGGAUCUCGUAACACAAAGGUUAGCAAUUAAUGGUGCGUUUGAUUUUCACAAUUAAUUGUACAUUGUAGUCAAUGCAAUCAAUCAUACAAAAUGUUGUACAAUGAUUGCUAAGCUUUGUGUUAUGGGCCUGUUUAGUUGUACCUUGUACCUGGGCCCCGUAACACAAAGGCUAGCGAUUAAUAAUUAAAUGAAAUGACCUAUCAAGAUCAUCGUUGCAUGCGCUUUUUUCUCAAUAGACUGACUAGGAUCCAAUCAAAAUUGUGCUUUCAAAUUGGCGAUUAAUCGCUAACCUUGUGUUAUAGGGCCCUGGAGAUAUAGUAUAGUUAUUUGUAUAUUUUGCAAAAUGUAUAGAGAACAAAGUAUAUCUAUGUUAUAUGAAAAAUCAAUUUUGAAAAGUACUUUUUAUAGAAAAUUAUAGAAAACUGUAGUAAAACAACUAAAUGAGUAACUUCUCUCUCUUAUCCUUUGAUAAUUGAUUCCAUCCAUAUUGGAUGACUUGAAUUUAUAUCCUUUUUAGUAAAGUUAGGUCAAUAUGUUAGACCACAACACCACCUUAUUUAGAAUUAAUCUAGUUCUUGGACAAAUCUCAUUUGGAGUUUAGCAAUUAAUAAUGCCAUUUGGGUAUUUUAAUAAAAAACUCAGAUCAGGUGUUGGAAUGAGGAAAGGCCGUCUAAACUGCUUUCAACACUAGCCUAACACCAAACUUGAAAUCCUCCAUUUGGUUAUCGCAUAGACCUUUUGGUGCUGAUAUUGGGACUGCUGUAGGGGCUGAUUUGUACAUUGGCUCAACACCAGACUUAAAAUGAACUUAGUCCUGUGAUGACCCUCAUUAGGUGUUGAGUUAUUAAUGAUGCGAUUUGGCCCACUUAUACAGGAAUUUUAGGUGUUGGUAUUAGAUGCAAUCUAAAUUUUGCUUCCAACACCAGCCCAAUAUCAAAGUUUAAAUCGCCCAUUGUGUGUUUCAAGUUUUGUGUUAGUGCUUUGGUGCUGGUGUUGACUUUAACAUUACCUCCUGUGCACUUGUUCUUUGGAAUUAAAUUUCACAUAAAAUCAACUAUAUUUGAUAAAUGGUAUACAUUUACUGUAUGAUUAUGAAGGAUGAUACACUUUGAAAUGUCAGAAACUUGAUUUAAUUUUUUCAUACUUUAUUGUAUUUAUUAUUUAUGUGCAAAGAAUAAAAUCAAGACUGAAUAUCUUUAUGGAAGCAUGC